GGAUGGAACGCUGAGUCCUGGCCCCGCGCCCGCCAAUCCCCGACUGCGGGGGCGUCUCUCGCCGGGAACCGAGCCGGGCCGAGCCGAGCCGGGGAGAGUUUUCAACACUGAGUCAGAGCGAGGCUGGCGGUCGGUCUUUCGCGAUCGGACAUCCUCGGCGGCGAAGAAGCAGCGAGAUCCACCUGAGAUGCUUGCCUGGGGAGUCAUCCUGGGGCUCUUGCCCGCGUUGCUGGGGUUCUCCCGGGGAGAGCCCAUCGCAGAAACUAGCUGUCCUGGAGGCCAGUCCUGGAGUCCCGACUUGGAAAAGUGCAUGGAUUGCUCAGUGUGCCAAAGUCAAAACAAGAACGAUUUUUGCUCUACCUGUGGAGACCCCCAGCCCACCAGCUCCUUAAAUUUGUGGGUGCUAGUUGGGGCAUCGCUAGGUGCUGUUCUUCUGGCUAGCAUCAUAGCAGGCACAAUCAUUUAUGCCCGCUGCCGAAGGCGAGAAAAAUUCACCACCCCAAUUGAAGAAACUGGAGGCCAUUCAGCUCAAGAAUCACUGAUACACUGAAGAUCUGUUGUUUUUUUUUCACCACUUCAGAUGCAGGAAACGGCAAAGAAAACAUCACUUUUGAUUACCUCGACUUUUCUUGAAGCUGCGAGAGAGACAUUUUUCACCUGCCCUGGCAUUCUGGGGCCUUACAUUUUGCACACUCAGCAACGGGCUGUGAAACCUACUGUCUCUUGUUCCCAUUUCAGGAAACAGGCCCCUCUGGGGAAAGGGUGACCAUUUUUCUUGUCAAACGCCUUGUGCUAUGUGAGGUGAAAAAAAACUCACUUCUGGCAUAUACAUACCCCAGGCCUAAUGCCCCAUAUUGGGGUGAUUUAUUUUUCUACAGGGCUUACAGUUUGGGGAACUUUGCAAUUCCUAGAUCUGCAUUGUGGGCCUCUUCCUUUGUCGUUUCCCUUCUGGGGAAUGUUUUAGGGAAAACGAUGAAUGUGAUUUUUAGGUUAUCUGUAUAUAGAGAUCUAUUGGGUGCUAAAACUCUCCAUGAGAGAGGUUGACUAGCCUCAACAGAGUUUCCUGCACCAUUAUAUCCAAUCAGUGGCUGGCCACUACGUCAAAAAGACAAUUUAGGUGUAGUUCCAGAUGUUCUGGACUACAACUCCCAUAAUGCCAUGAAAAAUCAGAAAUUGCCUUGGAUUUAUGGUGUUUUGCUCCAUAAGGAGGGCACCAGUUUAUUUCCUCUGACUCUCCCUGUAUUUGAUCUUCUCUCUUCCUUUUCUCUUUGGUGCUCCCUGUUGAGACCCUAUUUAUGUCUUCUGCUCUCAUAAGAGAUUUUUAAUUUUAUGGUGUGAUUGGUUUUUUUUUUUUAACUCUGCAUUCAGGAAAAAAAAGAAAAAGACUUUCGUUUCCUGACAUAGCAUUUGUGAACUGAAGUAAAAUAAAAAUGCUUAAGUUUGGUAUGAAAAUGUUGCAAAUUGUCCCCAGAAAUGAAUGUGAAUAUUGAUGGGUUUGAUAUUGACCAUCACUCUAAAUCAUAGUUUGUUUAAUGUAUUAAAUAAACCACAAUUGGCCAGAUUUGCAUGAUACAAAAAGCUGAGGCUGAAUAAAUCAUCUUAAGGUUUA